AUGACAGCUGAUGUGGUGAACGGAGACGGUCCGGGUCAAGUAGACCUCGUCGCGAUAAAACAAGUUCUCCUGUCGUCCUCGACCAACGCGCGCACUACACAGCUGCGCAUUGUUGAAGACAAGAUUUCCCAGAAUGCUCUCGAUCAAGCAAGCCUAUCAAAGCUGCUGGGCAUUCUUUUCCUAACCCAUUCCUCGUACGCCGAUCGACCGUCCCGCCGAGCCGUUCAGCGCUGCCUUGUUCUGCUCGCCAAGGCCAAAGAAGAAAAGCUCCUUACCGCUCUCGUGGCCGCCAUCAGAAAGGAGAGCCAGAAGCCAACAAUCGCGCCAGCCAAUGCCUUCGUCCUGCUAGAAUGGUCCAGCCUGCUCAUCGAACACCUAGGGGAAACUGAGCUGUGGGAGAAGCUCGGGAAAGAAUUGGUUUUGGCUACCUCAGACUGCCUAGAAAAGUGUUUGCAGCCGCAAUGCAGACACAACCUAGGGCGUUCGGCUCUGGUGAUAAGUCGUCGCGCGUUCCGGAAACUCGUGUCCAUUGAGAAGACACGGGAAAAGUCAAUCACGGAUGCGGUGCAGUUGUUGGCGACCAAGGGUGCGGCGCCCACGGCCAAGUAUGCCCCAACUUUGGGGGUCAUCGCAGGUGUAUGUGCACGGAAGGACUAUGCCAAGCCGAUACUGGAGAAACUGAAGCCCCAGUUCUUCGGCUUCUACACCAGGGAGAUUAUCGGGUCCAAGACGCAAGUGCCCAGUCAUUUUGCCGAGGGCUUUAACGAUUUCUUCCACUCGUUUGUUACACUCGAGGAUUUGGGCAAGGACAUCACACCGGCCUUGGAAAAGGGUCUGCUCCGCGCACCUGAGAUUGUACUGAACGAUCUUGUUACACCUCUCGUUGAUGCGCUGCCGAGUGAUUACGACCUUUCAUCUGUACUGAACAAGAACCUGCUCAAGCCUUUGCUGGCAAACGCCAAGUCUACCAAUGCUACCAUCCGCAUGGGCGCACUCACAGCUUUCAGAAAGGUCGUGAGGCGCUCUGCUGAUCCUGAAACCCUGGGAAAGGCCACCGACGAAAUUGUAACUCCGUUGAAGGGAGGCAAGAUUGCUUCGGCCGAGCAGAGAGCGAUCCAUGCCGAGAUGCUGACUGCUCUCGCUACGAACGAGGCGAAUGCAGCCAAGAUUUGCGGUGCUUUGCCGGCUGUCGCCGGUAAGGAGGGUAACGAACCGGCUUUGGUAGCAGAGACAAAGGCUCUCCUCUGCUCUAUCAAGACUCUGCUUAAUUUGGAAGUAGAAGUUCCCGCUGCAGCUCUUGAUGGAUAUAAGAAAGGUCUCGCCGACAAAAAGCCUGGGUCCAGGAAGAUUUGGGUCCUGUCGGCAGGAGAUCUACUCUUGCACAGCUGCGGUCUUGCUGAUUCAAAGGUAGCAUCAAAGGUCCAAGAGGUCAUCCUUCCCGCCUUGUUCGAGACCUACAAUGAGGCUGUCGCGAAUCCACUGGCUGCGUCGCAGAGCGGGCUUAUUGUAGGCGCCUAUGUGACUUGCACUGUUGCUCCGUCUAUAUUUCAAACCAACAAGGCAGCUCCCGUCCAGCCACUUCUGAAGAAGUUUUCCGUUUCAAAGCAGUGCCUUGUUUGGGAGCCUAAACCAUCGUUUUUGCUGAACCCUAAACUCUUCAGCAAAUUGUCGACCGAUGAGGAUUUGGAAUGGUUCUAUCGUGCUUUGGCAUCCGUGGCUGCAGAGCUUCCUGAAGAUGGUGACUCUGAAGCUUCGAUUGCUUGGGCCCAAGCUCUUAUCUAUAUAAUUUCUUCGCCUGCUACCGGGACGCAAGUCCGUGUUGAUCUUUGCAAGCGUCUGUCGGAGCUGUACCUCAGCAACCCCGAGAGGAUCUCGACUGCCGUCGUUGGCGGCAUGUGGUCUUGGCUAGAGUCGGUCGAGGAGGGCGAAAAAGACAGUGCUGCGGCUCUUGCAAAAGCCGAAAACAAAUACUUGCAUCUCAUACUCAGGGCAAUCUGCCCGCCGUCUCAAGCACUGCCAUCAAAAUUCACCGAAGAAGCCGGGAAAGAGGCCCUAGAAGCACAAAUGUGCUCACUGCUCGUCCUUGCCCGGUCUGACAUCGUCCCCCGCUCAAGCUGGAUUGAUCUUUGCUUGAGGUCUGGCUUAGAUCCUGGCCAACUUGCAACCAAGCAUGAAAAGGCGUUGCUUGAAGAAGUUGCUCUCCGAAGUAGCUUUGAUCAGAAGUCCGAUGCCAUUCGAACUGCCUCAUAUAAAGCUGCAGUUGAGCUGGUUUUCGUUGCGCCCGAAGUCAUGACUCCGCGAAUCAUCCAGCUGAUACAGCAUGACCUUGAUACCUCGGAGCUAAAAGACAUUGGGCCUCUUGAAGCUGCCAUUUUUAGGACGCCAGAGGGUACCACAUUCGUUGAUGUUCUAGCCAAGAAAGGUACCACCACUGUGUCAACCAAAGGCAAGGACGCGGACACUCUGAAGUGGGAAGCGGAACUGAGAGCCCAACUUGCAGAGAAAAAAGGCCAGCCAAAGAAGCUAUCGGCCGAUGAAAAGGCUAAAGUCGAUGCCCAGCUGAAAAAGGAGUCGGCUAUCCGCGAACGAGUCCGCGGGGUUGCUGCCAAGGUCAUGCGAGGUGUCGGUGUUAUCAAAAGUCUCGCAACUGGUCCUCCGACUGAUGCGACGUUAUGGAUGGGCCCGGCUGUUAACGCGCUUCUGGAUGCUGUUGACGCGGGAGCGUGCCUUAUUACAGGAGAUGCAGCCCCGAUGGCAUAUCUGGCGUGCGCAGAUCGUGUUUCCAGCCGCUUGGGUUCGUUCCGUCAGUUCAUAGGCGUAGCUACGCUGAGAGCCCAUGGUGUCGAACUCCUACCUGAAAACCUCAAGACUGAGCCUUUCGAGGACCUUGUCACGAGAGUCAUGUACCGACUGCGUUUUGCUGGAGAGCAGCGCCCUUUUGACGUCGUUUCUGUCAACUACAUGCUCCCUCUAGCACUCCUUAUUUUGAACAAGGGUGGGUUCGGCGCCACAGCGGAGGACAGGGACACUCAUCUUGUCUUGGCAACAGAGCUCUUGUCCUUUCACACAGACACGGCUUCGUCCGAAGCGCUUCCCAGAGCGCAAAUGCUUGAGACGCUGAUUUCAUCAAUGCAGGUGUACAACCAGCACUACAAGAUCAUCAGGGACUGUUUCUCUGACAUGGUCCGCUGCGUGGCACCAAACAUGAGCGAUGAGGAAAUUGGCGUAGUCGCUCGUGGUGCCAUCGUGCCACAGACCAGUGUGCGCACGACAGUCUUGCAGUCCAUCAGCGCAGAUGUGGACAUGAGUGAGCUGGAGUUCUCCGAGGAGAUAUGGAUCGCAUGCCAUGAGGACAGCGAGGAGAACGUUGAGCUGGCCAAGGAAAUUUGGGAGGAAAGCGGUUUCCAGACAUCAAAAGAUGUUCCUGCCAAAAUGCUGCCAUACCUGGAAAGCAAAGAUGGACAACUGCGCAAGGCUGCCUCUAGGGCUCUGGCCGAGGCUUGCAGUCGCCAUCCUGAGACGGUCAACCCCAUCCUCGAGAAGCUGAGAUUGGCUUAUGUCGAAUUUGCCAAGCCCCGGGUGCCUGAGCUGGAUGAGUUUGGCAUGCCAAAGAAGAUGGACUUGUCCGAUCCAUGGGAGGCCAGGCAUGGUAUCGCAACCUCUUUCAAGGAGCUCUCGCCUUAUUUCAAGAGGGAGCACUUGGAUUCUUUCUUUGCUUUCCUCAUAGAACAAGGCCCUCUAGGAGAUCAAAAUGGAUCUGUCCGUGCAGAGAUGCUUGAGGCUGCCAACAAGGCCAUCGAGAUCCACGGCAAGGGAAUGGUCGACAAGCUGAUGAAGACUUUUGAGACCACUCUUGAGGCACCGGACAAGGGCUCAGCUGCUGCUGACAGGGUCAACGAGGCCGUGAUUAUCAUGUACGGUGCCCUCGCUCGCCAUCUCAAGGCCGGGGAUGCAAAGAUACCCGUGGUUAUCGAACGACUGAUCGCUACGUUGAGCACACCCUCAGAGGCGGUUCAGUAUGCCAUCGCCGAAUGCUUGCCGCCACUUGUCAAGGCAUGCGGCAACAAGUCAUCCAAGUACUUUGACGAGAUCAUGGAGACAUUGCUCACGUCCAAGAAGUAUGCCGUCCAACGUGGUGCAGCAUACGGGCUGGCAGGCCUGGUGCUUGGCAGGGGCAUUGCCUCGCUGCGCGAGUUCCGAAUCAUGUCAAAUCUUCACAGCGCGCUGGAGAACAAGAAAGAAGCAAACCAGAGGGAAUCUGCGCUUCUUGCGUACGAGCUGCUGGCUACCAUUUUGGGUCGGUUGUUUGAGCCGUAUGUGAUCCAGAUUGUUCCGCAGCUUUUGGCCGGCUUUGGAGACUCGAAUGCGAACGUCCGCGAUGCUGCUUUGGCUUCGGCCAAGGCAUGCUUCGCCAGGUUGAGCUCAUAUGGUGUCAAGCAGAUCCUACCUACGUUACUCCGGGGUCUGGACGAUGAUCAAUGGCGUAGCAAGAAAGGAGCAUGUGAUCUCCUGGGUGCCAUGGCUUACCUAGACCCACAACAGCUUGCACUGAGCCUACCAGAGAUCAUCCCACCGCUCACGGCUGUGCUCAACGACAGCCACAAGGAGGUGCGGUCUGGGGCUAACAAGAGUUUGAAGCGCUUCGGUGAGGUCAUCAGCAACCCCGAAGUCAAAGGACUGGUGGACAUUCUGCUCAAGGCCCUCAGCGACCCAACAAAAUACACCGACGAGGCGCUCGACUCGCUCAUCAAGGUCCAAUUCGUCCAUUACCUGGACGCUCCGUCGCUUGCACUCAUCAGUCGUAUCUUGCAGCGUGGUCUCGCGGACCGCUCAAACACCAAGCGCAAAGCAUCGCAGGUUAUUGGCAGUCUUGCUCAUCUCACUGAAAGGAAAGACCUGGUCUCGCACCUGCCUGUCCUCGUCGCAGGCCUCAAGGUUGCCGUGGUUGAUCCUGUGCCGACCACUCGUGCUACCGCUUCAAGGGCUCUUGGCUCGCUUAUGGAGAAGCUCGGAGAAGAAGCGCUGCCCGAUCUCAUUCCCGGCCUUAUGCAGACCCUCAAGUCGGACACGGGAGCCGGCGACCGUCUUGGUUCUGCCCAAGCACUCAGCGAGGUGCUCGCCGGUCUCGGUACCACGCGCCUAGAGGAGACUCUCCCCACAAUCCUGCAGAACGUCGAGUCUUCCAAGCCCGCAGUUCGCGAGGGCUUCAUGUCUCUUUUCAUCUUCUUGCCCGUAUGCUUCGGCAACAGCUUUGCCAACUAUCUUGGCAGGAUUAUUCCGCCUAUUCUGUCUGGUCUUGCCGAUGAUAUCGAGGCCAUCCGUGAGACUGCACUCAAGGCCGGUAGACUCCUCGUCAAGAACUUUGCCGUCCGUGCUGUCGACCUGCUGCUUCCUGAACUGGAGCGUGGCCUUGCAGACGACAGCUAUCGUAUCCGUCUCAGCUCCGUUGAGCUCGUCGGAGACCUGCUGUUCAACCUCACUGGAAUUUCUGGCAAGACUGAAGAUGGCGACGAGGACGAGGAAGAAAAGGUCAAGGAGGCAGGCAACUCGCUCCGUGACGCGCUUGGUGAUGAAAAGCGCAACAAGAUCCUGUCCGCACUUUACAUCUGCAGGUGUGAUACUGCAACCUCGGUUCGUGCCGCAGCCGUCGCUGUCUGGAAGGCAUUGGUGUCGAGUCCCAAGACCCUCAAGGAGCUGGUGCCGACCCUUACACAGCUUAUUAUCCGUCGCUUGGGCAGCACCAACAUGGAGCACAAGGUGAUUGCCAGCAACGCCCUCGGAGAGCUUAUCCGAAAGGCAGGCGACAAUGUCCUCUCAAGCCUGCUGCCCACGCUCGAGGAAGGCCUGCAAACCUCGACAGAUGUCGAUGCCAGGCAGGGUAUCUGCUUGGCUCUCAAGGAACUCAUCUCGUCGGCCUCUGAAGAGGCACUGGAAGAGCACGAGAAGAUCCUUAUCUCGGUUGUCAGGACAGCACUCACCGACUCGGACACCGAGGUCCGUGAAGCUGCCGCCGAGGCAUUCGACUCUUUGCAGCAGAUCCUUGGAAAGCGUGCGGUUGACCAGGUCUUGCCGUUCCUGCUCAACCUGCUUCGUUCCGAAGACGAGGCCGAAAACGCCCUGUCUGCCUUGUUGACGCUGUUGACAGAAACUACCCGGUCGAACAUCAUCCUCCCGAACCUGAUACCCACUCUCAUUGCGCCCCCCAUCUCAGCAUUCAACGCCAAGGCACUUGCCUCGUUGUCUCGUGUUGCCGGCGGAGCUAUGAACCGUCGUCUACCCAAUAUCGUCAACUCACUCAUGGACAACCUGGUCAACUGCAAGGAUGAUUCUCUGCGCGAGGAGCUAGACGCCUCGUUCCACACUGUUAUUUCGUCGAUCGACGAGUACGAUGGCCUGAACACGGUCAUGAACGUGCUCCUACAGCUUACCAAACAUGAGGACCACCGUAAACGUGCGGCGACUGGCAGACAGUUGGCCCAGUUCUUUGCGGCAGCAGAUGUCGACUACUCGCGUUACAACCAAGACAUCAUUCGCUCGCUGCUCAUUUCGUUUGAUGACUCUGACAUUGAAGUCGUCAAGGCUGCUUGGAGUGCUCUGAGCGAAUUUACCAAGAAGCUUAGGAAGGAAGAGAUGGAGGCAUUGGUUGUAUCGACCAGACAAACCUUGCUCCAGGUUGGUGUCGCUGGCAACAACCUCAAGGGCUUCGAGCUCCCCAAGGGUGUCAGCGCCAUUCUACCCAUCUUCUUGCAAGGUCUGAUGAACGGAACGCCAGAGCAAAAGAUACAAUCGGCACUUGCCAUCUCCGACAUUGUCGCCAGGACAAGCGAGGCCUCCCUCAAGCCAUUCGUCGUUCAGAUCACCGGUCCGCUGAUUCGUGUCGUCUCGGAGCGUUCGACCGAGGUCAAGUCCGCCAUUCUUCUGACUCUCAACAACCUCCUGGAGAAGAUGCCAACGGCAUUGAAGCCAUUCCUGCCGCAGCUGCAGCGUACAUUUGCCAAGUCGCUCGCCGACACGACAUCAGAGCAACUACGAUCACGCGCAGCAAAGGCGCUCGGCACGCUCAUCAAAUACACGCCGCGUGUUGACCCUCUCAUAGCCGAGCUGGUGACGGGCUCCAAGACGACGGAUCCGGGUGUCCGUACUGCAAUGCUCAAGGCGCUGUUUGAGGUUAUCAGCAAGGCCGGCGCCAACAUGGGCGAGCCGUCUCGUGCCGCCGUGCUUGGUCUCAUUGACAUGGAAACAGAUGAGAAGGACGAUGCCAUGACCGUCACCAACGCCAAGCUUCUAGGCGCCCUGGUCAAGAACGUGUCAGGAGACGCGGCGCACAACCUCAUCAAGUCCAGAGUUUUGACAUCUUCACCGACGAGCUCGAGUGUGUUGGGCCUGAACGCUGUUCUGUUGGACGCGCCGGCUGCCAUCAUGGAGGGUCCGUUUGCAGAGGAGCUUCCUGAGCUCUUGGUACAGGGCAUUGCAAGCAAGAUUGCCAUGAUCGCAGACAACUCGAUUCUCGCGGCUGGCAAGUAUCUCUUGAACGAGCAAUCCAAGCCGUUUGAGCACACCAAGGCUGUAUUCGAAGCCCUGGCAAACACAGUUGGGCCGGGCAACCCGACCGACUCGCGAAGGCUCUCGCUCGUCGUGGUGCGGACCGUGUCUCGUGUCAACAUGGAUCUGACGCGACCGCACCUGCCACAGCUGGCCGGGCCCGUGUUCGCCUCGGUCCGCGACCCGGUCAUCCCGGUCAAGCUGGCAGCCGAGGCGGCGUUUGUGUCGCUCUUCAACGUUGCCGACGACGAGAGCAAGGUCUUUGAUAAGUUCAUGGCCAGCCCCGCGGGCGAGAGCUUGCCAGCCAACGCCAAGAGGAGCAUGCAAGACUACUUCAAGCGUGUCGCGCUCCGGCUUGGUGCUCAAGUCCGGGAGAGGAGGGAUGCCGAGGGAGGCGCCGGCGGUCUUGGCCUGUCCAACGAUGAGGUUGAGGACGAGAAGGAGAUAUGGAGCGUGGGGAGGAUCGACAGCGGGGAGGACGUGUUUGGGAAAGAUUGA